AUGACUGGUGGUAGCUGGCUAAGUUGGAAUGCCAAAAAAAAUGAAUCUACUAAUCAAGUGUCGGAAGGUAAUGAAGACACUAUAGAUGAAGAUGAAGAGCAUCCAAAUGAUGAAGAGUUGGAGCAUGAUGAUACCGUUCCUGAUGACAAUGGAGAUGAAGUGGAUGAUCAUGUAACGGAGAAAAGGGGUAUGGGUUGGACAUUCUGGGGCAAUUCUAGUGCAAAUGUGGAGUCUAUUUCACAAAAUAUAAGAGACAGCAAAUCCUCUGGUAUUGCAAACCAGGAUAUUAUUGACAAUAAUCUGAAGAAGGAGAAGGUAGUCAAUGUGGGUAAUACAAUAUUGAGUUCAACUUCAAAAUUUCUUGUGAAGCCGGAAACUAGUGGGAAACCUUCUCAAGGCAGUGAACAGGGUGAUGAUGCUGUUUUAUAUAAACCUCAUGACAAAACAGCCCAAUUUAACCAAAUCAACACUCACAAAAAUGAAGAUUUACGAGAGAAUUUGAUCGUACCAGAUUGGAACACUUGUCUACCACGCACUGCAACAAAUCCUAUAUUUAAUACAUCGACAACUUCAAAUCAAGGUAAUGCAAAUCAAACUGUGCGGACUGAUAUCACAAAUUGGAGGCAAUUUCUAGGACAAAUUUCUAGUAAAUUUGGAUUUUCAAGUAGUCCAAUGCUUCCUGGACAGGAACAGCAAUCACAAGUGCCAGGUGUUGAGAGCAGCAUGGAAAGAGAUGUUGGGCUUCUUUACGAGAAAUCUUAUAAGCUUUAUGGAAAAUCUUUAGCUGUGUUGCCUGAGAAUAAGCGAGCAUGUUUACCCAAUUACAAUAAAUAUUAUCAUAACGUGGAUGAGAGAUCAUUGAAAUCCACAUCAUCUGCACCGUCCCAGUUGGAAGAAGAUGUAUCAGAUCCAAAUUCUAUUACUAUCACCAAUGAUGCUAUGGGUAAUUUAUUAAUUAAUAAUUCGAUCAGUUCCAAGCGAAGAGCUCUUCAUCAGGCAUUGAAUGCCGAAGUUAUUAGUCAAAAAGCUGGUCCAUUAACGAAAAUAAAAGACAUUUUAAUCAUAGGUGUCCAUGGAUUUUUCCCUACCAGAAUGAUUCGUCCUAUUAUUGGUGCUCCAAAAGGUACGUCUUUGAAGUUUGCCAAUGAAGCUGAAAAGGCUGUGAUUAGAUACUGUGUUGAAAAUAAUUUGAUCAACGAAAACGAGUCGAAUGUUAGUAUACAAAAAAUCGCUUUAGAAAAAGAAGGUAAGAUAUUCGAUCGUGUUCAGUUUUUCACAGAGAUAUUGCAAAAAUGGGAAAAAGAGCUAAAUAAUGCAGACUUUAUAUUUGUUGCUGCACAUUCUCAGGGAUGUGUUGUUUCCAUCAUAUUGUUGGCUCAAUUGAUAAAAAUGGGCAUUUUAAAGAAACCUUUACAUAAACGUAUUGGAAUUCUUGGAAUGGCGGGUGUCAAUAAUGGUCCGUUUUACGGGGUAGAUAAGUCUUUUUUCAUGAAAGCAUAUUCCGCUAUAGAGAAUGAAUCCUUGCUCGAGUUGUUUGAGUUGAAUAAAUUUGACAGUCAACAAUCAAUCUCUUAUAAAGAUUCGAUUCAAACCAUUAUUAAUGCUAAUGUUAAAAUCUGUUUUAUUGCAUCCAUAAAUGAUCAAUUGGUGCCCCUAUUUUCAGCACUUGCCUCACAUAUAUUUCAUCCAAACAUAUAUCGUGCUUGCUACAUUGACUACGCUUCACAUACACCCAAAUUUGUGAGAAAAUUAGUUUCCUUGUGUACCCAUUUGUUGAAUAUUGGUUACUUUGAUAACAAUGUUAUAAAAGAGCUCAGCACCUCUUUGGCUGGACCAUUUAGUGGAAACGGGCAUUCCAAGAUUUAUAACGAUGGGAAAGUUUACGAUUUAGGUAUUAAAUUUGUUCUUGAUACUGACGAUAUUGUCAUUCCUUUUGAUAGCGAAUCAAAUAUGCCAGAAGAUAUAAUUAAAAGUGAAUUGCCAAUUUCAAAUCAAAUAUAUGUUAAAGAGUAUAAUAUUGCCAAGAUAGGCACAAAUCCAUAUAUAUUGCCAUGGUGUUUGCGGGGAUUUUUAUUCAAUAUCGAGAAGAAUUGGCCCCAUAGGAAAGUUGGUCGAAUUGAAGACAACGAUACAGUGAAAAACGGAUAUGAAGAAAUUCAUGAUUUGUAUGAAAGUUUCGAAAAUUGGAAACCGGAAACAAAAGUUUACAAAGACCUCAAGUUCAGGUUGAAUGGAUUGAGAGCAAGUAAGCUAUAA